AUGGGCGCGGAUGGCACAGUCGUUAUCACCUCACAUGCUCCGAGCGAGCAUGACCUGCAACAACAGAGACCACCUCUACCGCAUCGCGUUGCAAACGGCACUCGCUCCUGGGCGUCGCGGUUCUUUCCAUGGUCUGCUGAUAAGACGGAGGUUAAGCUUCAGGAUAUUACGAAGGCUCGAUACGUCCCAUGGGCAGGUCUUGGUGCUCUGGCUCUGUCUGGGUUGACUAUUCUAUUCUCUUGGAUAGUCCUCAGAGUCAUCGACGGGCAUAAGCAGAGGGAGGAAAGAUACCUGAAACCUGCGUCAUGGCUCUCCGCUAUCCUAUCCGGCAAUAGCGUUCUUCUUGGCUACGCGAUGAGCGAAGGUAUCACUAUAGCUUGGUGGUUUACUGUAUCUCGGAGAAAUGCCACAGUCUGGGAUAUUCAUGAAGCUUGGUCACUUGGUUCCAGCCUUUUUACUGUUCUGCGGGCUGGAAAGAGAUUUAACUAUAUCGCACUAGCAACACUCUUUGCGGCGUCGAUUCCCCUCAAUGGCCUCCUCUUGCAGAACGCCAUCACGACUGUACCGGGCACUCAUGUGAAUACAACCAUGAUCAAGGUGGGCAUGGCUCCCCACCUACCGAAAGGAUUCUCUGCCGACCUAUCCGAUGGUUCUAUCAGCACCUAUGGUCAGAUCUUCUCGCAAGCUCUUCUGUUUGCUGAUCGAGACCUUACUACCUCCCGUGUGGACCCCUUCUACAUCAAUGCUCCAAUGUGGAAUGGAUCCGGGAGCUGUGGCGCCGAUGACUUGUUAGGCACGUGUACUGGGCGGGCCAGCAGUCCUGGCUUCGCAGCUGAAUGUGUGGACUUCUCCGAGCCGUUUGAUAUUGACCCUCGAAGUCACAACGGUCAACCAUUUUCUGCAAUGAUCUUCUCCAGCAAGAUUGACUGGGACGUCAACACUCCAGGUGAAUUCAACCUCACGCUACGCCUCAAGGAUGCUUCCGAUUGUGUGGGCCACUACUUGGGUCGACAUUGUAUAUUCCGUGCCGCUCAGGUAGAGUACCCUAUUGCGCUGUUCCCAGCCUCUGGAUUGGACGAGGGGUCCAUCCUAAGAACCAUUGAUAUCGGCACUAGUUUCAAUGUCCUUGGUCUGGAGCCCAAUACCAGCCCCGACGAUGAUCAUAUCCAGGACUACCUCACAGUACCUUCAGAGGCUGAUUCGUCAAACACUACAUAUGGCGGUGUUGCGAGCUAUCUCAAAAAUGUCUACGAGGCCGAAUUGAACUGGGACUGGAACGGUACGCAUUGGCACAUCAACUCCACAGGGAAGCAAGCAAAGUACGCAGUCAUUGAGUCUUCCCUCCUCGAUGAUCCGGGUCGCCCUCAGAGCACUUUCCCUACAAGCUCACUGGCAGAUCCGGACUACUGCAGAAACAGGCUCGACACGUACCAGGCUGAUGGUCACAUUUAUUUGGAGGAUCAAUUGAAGGAUCGUCUGAGGCAUCUCAUGUUCUUGUCCAGCGUCAUGCAGAAUAACUACGACCCCAAUGUUGAUUCUGAAUCCCUCCAGAAUGUUACCGCCCAGAGGACCACCAAUGUUGCGCAGUACAAGAUCCUGUAUCGGUACUGGGCCGGUUCCCUGGCGGUAACGGUCACCAUCAUCUGCAUGAUCAUCCCGACAUUCUGGGGCUUUUGGCUGCUGAGUGGCAAACUCACGUUGAGUCCCGUCGACACGGCCACAGCGCUGGAAGCACCAGUUGUUCUGUCAGAAAACGGCAUGAGAAACUCAAAGUCGCGGCUGAAGGAAAUCGGGUCACGGCCACUUUCCUCCGUGCGCCGAGACGGUUCAGCUACCCCCUAG